AGAGCCGAUGUCACAGGAGCGCGGCGGGCAGGAGCGCCCGGAGAGUCAUGAAGAAGAUGACAGAAAAGUAAGGAGGAGAGAAAAAAAUCGAGUUGCUGCACAGAGGAGCCGGAAGAAGCAAACUCAGAAAGCAGAUAAACUUCACGAGGAAUAUGAGUCUCUUGAGCAAGAAAAUACCUCCCUGAAAAGAGAAAUUGGAAAGCUAACAGAUGAAAUGAAACACUUGAGUGAAGUGUUGAAGGAUCACGAGAAGAUCUGUCCACUAUUGCACUGCACCAUGAACUUUAUGACCAUACCAAGGCCUGAUGCACUUGCCAGCUGCCUACCAAGAUGAGUGCUCUCCUCAGUCACCUCUAAAUGUGAUGUGUGAAAGUGCCAUUAACAGAAGGUUUGAAGAACUGCCUACUUAGUGUACAGUUCUUCCAUCAAAGAGGGCUGGACUCGACCACACAGCUCUUCUCCACAUUGAAAUGUUACAGUCUUUGAAUCUCAGGAAAACACCAGUAUGGAAAAAAAGACAAUUUGAACAGCAGCUUCUAACUUGGUAGACUCUUCAAGCCAUGGUUUUGCCUUUGGAAAUGUCAAAGUGCUGUGCAGCCCACUAUAGAGCGAUGGAAUGUAGACAGGGAAAAGUACCGACCUCGGACUGGGAUGCCUUUCUCCCACACGUCCACUGCCAGUAACCCUUUGUCACUUGUCACCCGUGUAUGUCAUGAUCUGGCUGCUGGGUUUUAUCUCUCUAAACAGGUUUGGUUAAUAAAAGCGAUGUCUCAUCUUUAA